AUAACAAUUGAGCAACCUUCAUCUGAUGAAGAAGACUGUAUUUUAUGGUCAAAAGCUCAGGAAUAGGCCUUUUUUCAACAGCUGUUUCCAAGAUGGCCUGCCACCCUUCCCCUUCCCCUUUCCCUUGUGGUGAGACCACGCUGAGACGAUGUUUUACGCCCACUUUGUCCUCAGCAAACGUGGGCCACUGGCCAAAAUCUGGCUGGCAGCCCACUGGGACAAGAAGCUGACCAAGGCACAUGUGUUUGAGUGCAACCUGGAGAGCAGCGUGGAGAGCAUCAUCUCACCCAAGGUGAAAAUGGCUUUACGAACAUCGGGGCAUCUGCUGCUGGGGGUGGUGAGAAUCUACCAUAGGAAGGCCAAGUACCUGCUGGCAGACUGUAAUGAGGCCUUCAUCAAGAUCAAGAUGGCGUUUAGACCAGGUGUGGUGGAUCUUCCAGAAGAGAACAGAGAAGCAGCCUACAAUGCUAUCACUCUACCUGAGGAGUUCCAUGAUUUUGACCAACCACUACCAGACCUAGAUGAUAUUGACGUGGCUCAGCAGUUCAACUUGAACCAGAGCAGAGUGGAGGAGAUCACCAUGAGAGAGGAGGUGGGCAAUCUCAACCUGCUGCAGGACAAUGACUUUGCGGACUUCGGGAUGGAUGACCGUGAGAUGAUGCGGGAAGAAAGUGCGUUUGAGGUGGACAUCAUGGGAGCAUCAGCUUCCAACCUGCUGCUGGAGGCUGAGGGUGGGGCUAACCAGAUGGCUGACAAGUCCAACCACCUGGAUUAUGACGACCAGUACAAAGACGACUUCGGAGACAAUCCCAUGGAGAGCAAUGAGGGAGGCAUGCUGGUGGACAAGCUCCUGAGUAACGAAGAUGGGGGCGGCAUCUUUGAUGACCCUCCUGCCAUCGCAGAGAGUGUGAUGAUGCCUCAGGACCACGGAGAUGACGAUGAUGACUUUGAUGCCCUCUCAGCUGGAGCCCCAGAUAGUCCGGACUCAGACCCACCAGAGCCCCUACCUGCCAUGGCUGACCAGGCAGAACAAACCACCCUGGUUCACAACGAGGAAGAAACCUUUGCCCUGGAGCCCAUCGACAUCACAGUGAAGGAGACCAAAGCAAAGCGUAAAAGGAAGCUGAUUGUGGACAGCGUAAAAGAGUUGGAUAGUAAAACUAUUCGUGCACAGCUGUCUGACUACUCUGACAUCGUCACCACCCUGGAUCUGGCCCCUCCCACCAAGAAGCUGAUGAUGUGGAAGGAGACCGGAGGAGUUGAGAAGCUUUUCUCUCUCCCAGCGCAGCCUCUCUGGAAUGCUAGGCUGCUCAAGAUGUUUACGAGGUGUUUGACACCACUAGUACCAGAUGAGCUGAGGAAGAGGAGGAAAGGUGGGGAGGCCGAUAGUCUGGAUGAGUUCCUCAAGGAUCUGGAGAACCCUGAUGUGCCCAGAGAGGAAACAACAGGCCACCAGCCAAGAGACAUCAUGGACCAGACCAUCAUGGAAGAAGCCAGCGUUCUGCAGACUUCAGCUGUGGAGGGCAGCAGGACAACACUGGAUGAGUCCGUCAUGCCCCCUCCAUCCUCUCAACGAGGCCUGAAACGCAAGGCCCAGGACACUGAGCCAGCCCUGCCUAUGGGAGCCCUGGAUCAGCCACACCAACAACAGCAGCAGGGGUCUAGAGGCUCUGAUGUGCCCCAGCAGCUGGAGGCAUCAUCCAGUGUAGAUUUGCCCCCAGAGGAAACCACCACUACAAACAUCAGCCAGCUGAUAGAGUUGGACCUGCUUUCUGACAAGGACAAGAAGAAGGGUGAUGAUGAUUCUGAUGAAGAGGAGGAGGAGGCACAGGGAGGAGACCAGGACCAGGAGGAGAGGAGGUGGAACAAAAGGACCCAGCAAAUGCUUCAUGGUCUCCAGAGGGUGAUGGCCAAAACAGGUGCCCAGUCGGUGAGUUUGCUCGACCUGUGCAGGAACAACAACAGGAAGCAGGCAGCUGCCAAGUUCUACAGCUUCCUGGUUCUGAAGAAGCAGCAGGCAGUGGAGCUUGUCCAGGAGGAGCCUUACAGCGACAUUAUAGCUACACCUGGACCUCGCUUUCACAUCAUCUAGAAAACACAACUUUAGAGCGUGAAAAGGAUAAAAAACCUUCUCUAUACUCCUUACAUUUGGUCAAGACAAUACUGGCUGUCUUAUUUAUUAAUGUUCCUCAUGCAGUGGGGAGGAUUGAAGCUCCAAACAAUGGAUGAUUUUUUUCAGCAUAUUAUUUAUGUUCAUUACUAAAACUGGCUGCAUAGCUAAAAUUAACAAUAGGUAAGUUAAAUGGUGUGAGUACCCUGUGCUAAAGAAAGAUUGUGCUGUAUCUGCACCUUAUUGUUUAGAUCUCACACAUUUUGACAAGCACCACUUGUGUUGUACUAGCAUGACACCAAAGUUAAAAAGAGUUUCUCUGAAGACAUGUUUACAGUGGCCAACAACGGUGUGUUUAAACAGCGACAGCUCAAUCAACCGUGUCAUUUGGAGUCUCAUCUGUCUCACUACUCCAGGAAAGUUCUUGUGUACACAGACAUUAGCCAGAAGGAGCAUGUGCUGCAAGGGUACAAUUAAACAUUUACUAAGGUAGUGAUUUAUAGACUCAACCAGCAAUUCAUCCUUAUACAACUGUAGUGUAACACAAACUAUUCCAAGCUGGUGUUUUUACAAAUGCUUUGCUUGCAUUAUUGACUGUUCAUGCAGCAUAAGAGUCAGAAAAGUAUAGUUGUGUGCCAAAUCCAUACUCCAUACUAAUUUUAAAGAUUGCUCACACUAGAAAAAAGACAAAACAUACACAGAACUGUUAGUAUGCAUACUAAUAAUAAACAAAAGUUGGGUGUGAAGAUGAUGUACACCAUACACUAUUCUUCCACAAUGCAAAUGAAAAGAAAUAGAGGAGCUUCUCACAGCUGGAAAUAAUUUUAACUCUACCACCAUCACAUCAUAACAAAAUGAGGGAAUAUGUUUGGAAGAAUGAUGUUCAUCCCUCCAGAAGAGUUCCAGAGACUGGUGGAAACAAUGCCAGGGUGCAGUGAAGCUGUGCUAGUGGCACAUGGUGGCCCAACAGCUUACUAAGAAACUUUGUGGUUUUUCCUUUCAUUUGUCACCUAUUU